CCCGGUGUCCCCGCCCCCGUACCCCACGCCGGGUGCCCGGCGCCCCGCAGCGGUCGGGCAGGUCGCGCAGCCUCUGCAGAGCCCGGGAAGCGCCCGGCCGAAGAGGAGGAGCCAGGGGCACCGAGCGGGUGGAGUCGGGAGCCCGAGAGCGGUGGAGGCGGAUUUCCUGGGCCCGGCUCGGUGGGGGCUACUAUGGCGUUUGGGAAGAGUCACCGGGAUCCCUAUGCGACCUCCGUGGGCCACCUCAUAGAAAAGGCUACAUUUGCUGGAGUUCAGACUGAAGAUUGGGGCCAGUUUAUGCACAUCUGUGACAUUAUUAACACUGCCCACGAUGGGCCAAAAGAUGCCAUAAAAGCUUUGAAGAAAAGGAUUUCCAAAAAUUAUAAUCAUAAAGAAAUCCAACUCACCUUGUCACUUAUUGACAUGUGUAUGCAGAACUGUGGUCCAAGUUUCCAAUCUCUGAUUGUGAAGAAGGAAUUCAUUAAAGAUAGUCUCGUUAAGCUGCUCAACCCCAGAUACAACUUGCCAUUAGACAUUCAGAAUAGAAUCUUGAAUUUCAUUAAGACUUGGUCUCAAGGUUUCCCAGGAGGUGUGGAUGUCAGCGAAGUGAAAGAAGUGUAUCUUGACCUUCUCAAGAAAGGUGUUCAGUUUCCUCCCUCAGAGGCAGAGGCUGAAACAGCGAGACAAGAGGCCACUCAGAUCUCCUCGAACCCAUCAACGUCUAUUCCUACGGCGCCAGCUCUUUCUUCUGUUAUUGUUCCCAAGAGCUCUACUCUCACACUGGUCCCAGAACAGAUUGGAAAGUUGCACAGUGAAUUGGAUAUGGUGAAAAUGAAUGUGAGCGUGAUGUCCGCCAUAUUGAUGGAGAAUGUUCCUGGGUCUGAAAACCGUGAAGACAUAAAGCUUCUACAGAAACUUUACAAGACAGGUCGGGAGAUGCAGGAGAGGAUCAUGGACCUGCUCAUAGUGGUGGAGAAUGAAGACGUUACCAUUGAGCUAAUUCAAGUGAAUGAGGAUUUGAAUAACGCCCUCCUUGGAUGUGAGAGAUUCACUCGGAACCAACAAAGGAUUUUGGAGCAGAAUAGGAACCAGAGGGAAGAUGCCAAUACUACCAGUGAACCUUCUGCCCCAUCCUGUGAUCUCUUGGACCUUAGGCUUAGUCCUCCAAUGCCUAGGGCCACUCUGGGAGAAAUCAACACCAUGAAUGCUCAGCUUUCAGACUUAAAUUUUAGCUCUCCAAGUCCUGCCGUAACAAACAACUUGAACCCCAGUCUUCGUCCACAGGUGGAUUUGCUAGCCUUGGAAAAUAUGGAAACACCCUUGUUUACCCAAAGGACCAGCCAAAACAUCACCUCAAGUCCUACAUAUGAAAGUUUUCCAGAAUAUUCAAAUUCAGUACUACAGCCAGUUAGUCUGCAGAACAUUCCAGCAACACUAUCAAGCCAGAGAUUGCCUUCCUUGCCCAGCAAUCAUCCAGCAUUGACAAAGAAUGAUCUCCAGCCACCCAAUUACUACGAGGUAAUGGAGUUUGAUCCCUUAGCUCCUGCUGUCACUACAGAAGCUGUUUAUGAAGAAAUUGAUGUUCAUCAGCAGAAAGGAGCUCAAAGUCAAAGUGACUGCUGAGGGGAAGGCGGAUGACCAGCUCACUAACUACAUUAAAGGUGCCAAUUCUCUAAAAGGUAGACCCUGUGAAACUUUGAGGCCCAGAAGACAAGACCUACCAGUACAUCAGAAGCUUAGUGGAACAUUUCUCCUCUGCAGUAAUGAAGCUUCACAGAAGAGUAAGAAUUCCACAGGAAUAUUUAUGCUUCCAGACCACAGUUUAAACUUUAUCUCAAAAGAACUUGGUUGUAUCAUAUAUUCACUUAAAACUUCAAUAGAAGAAAAAUCCAUUGUACUGAGGCCAACUAGUUUAAUGACAGCAGCUUCAGUUUCACAGGGCUUCCUACUUUUAGAAAAGAAAUCCUCACACAGCUGUGAUAAGAGUAGAUGAAGAUUAUUUUAUUACAAAAUAAUUAUGAAGACUAUUGAGUGCCUUCAUUUAACUAAGUUGAAUGUAAAAGUCAAUUUGUACUUUUUAUAAAUAAUACUUGUUUAGAAUUAUAACUUGUAAAAGCCUUCAUGAUUGUAGUUUACAUUUCAGAUACCUUGAAAAGGUCACUGGACUCUUUAUUGAAGUUGCCUUUAAAUACAAUUCUUUGUAAUACUGGAUGACCUCUAUUUGGAACAAACACUACUAGAAAAUAUUUAGAAUAAAUUGUGCAUUCAUUUAUGUCAUAAAUUACAAUGACAGAUUCCUAUUAAAACAAUACGUCUUUUUUUUUUUUUAAACAGAGUUUAUUCAUAGAACUUCUGAUAUGAGUCUUCACAAUUCCACACUUAUAACAUUCAGGGACUUGAACUAUCAAAGGAAAUGCUAUGAUCCUAGUUAAUAUAUUUGUGCAUUUUAUUUCAUUUCAUGAUGCCAAAAUCUCAGAAUAUAAAAUAGCCCUAGGGCCUAAAGGACAAACAGUCAAAUCUGAAGUCAGUAUGUUACCUCUAGGCAAGCUGUUAGGGCUCAGUGAUUCUUCUUCCAUCGUGAGCUUUUAAAGUAGUGACUAUUCACAAUAAAAGAAAAAAGUAGUAACCCGACUAUUUUAGAAAUAAUAAAAAUGGGCAGAAGACCUGGAGCCUAAAAUAGAUAACCCUAGGAAUAACAAAAAUAUUCACUGCUACAAGUAUGAAGGGCUAAUAAUCUGUAAGGGGAGCAAAUAGAAUUAAUCUGAACCAUCAAGUCCAUGCCUACAUAUUUAAGAAACAGGAGUUUCUCUUAUUAUUACUUAUCAAUAUUACUUUUAGUAUUACUUGUAUUACUCUAUGGCUUUGAAUAGUCAUACAUUCAAAUAGGCAUGUGGAUUCCUUAUGAUAGAAACCGUUCAAUUUUAAGUAGAGUAAAUUAGUUGAGAAAAAAAAAUACAGCAUUAAAUAAUAUUUAAAAUAGCUUCACAUUACUGUAGGAUAUUUCUCCCCUGAGAAGAGUAGAUACAUGAUUUUUCAAAAAUCACAAAUCUGAAGCAGGACUUAGGUGCUGACUUCAAUUAUAGCCUGGAACUGGCAACUGCUGUCCCUCCUUUGCUUCAAAAAAAGUGUAGGAAAGAGUGAUGAGAUCAACAUUCACCAUUCUUGGAUCUUCAGCAAAUUCAGGAUCAAUGUAGAAAAACACUGGCAUAUCAACUUCUUCUUGUGGAUUAAGCCUUUGUUCCUCAAAACAGAAGCACUAGAAGUUAUAGAAAGAUAUUUCUUUAAUUUCUUUUAGAAUAGAAAUAUUAAUAAUGGUCCAUUUUUUGGCUUUAGUGAGCAAUAUUAUAAGAAAAAUAAAUAUUAUCUAAGUUCUGAGACGAAAUGACAGUAUUUUUGAUUUUUGCUUUAAAUUGAGACUCAAUGGGCUCCCCCCUGCUCAGCAGGGAGUCUACUUCUCCCUCUGCCCUUCCCCUCGACUUUUGAGCAUGCACACACGCGCUCUCACUCAUAAAUAAAAUCUUAAAAAUUUCAAAAAAAAAAAAAAAAAAGA